CAGCCUUGGCCUGGCCUAAACAGUUCAAAAUGCAACGCCCGAGCGUGCGGUCUUUGCGCAGGGUGGCAACCCUGUGCACGCUCUUCACCCUACUCCAAACAGGAGCGUUAUUUGUGACUGCUGACGUCACGGAGAUACGCAGCAAUGGCAUCGGGGUCUCGCUGCUGCAAUCGGUGGCCACAGCACUCAAUGCCUCUGCCGCACAGCUGACGAACAGCAGCGUUUGGCCAGCAUCCUACAUUCCGCCACCGGAGAACGAGCAAGUGGAGCUCAACACCUUUGACUACAUUGUGGUGGGAGCGGGCAGCGCUGGCUCCAUUGUGGCCAGCCGGCUAAGCGAGCAGCCCGAUGUGCAGGUGCUGCUGCUGGAGGCGGGCGAGGUGCCGCCGCUUGAGUCCGAGAUCUACGGCCUGAGCGGGACGUUGCAUCACGAUGUGCGCUACAUGUGGCUGGACGAGGCGGAGCCCAAUGUGCACUGCUGUCAGGCAAUGGCUCCCCCACACGGCUGCUGUUGGUGGCACGGUCGGUUGCUGGGCGGCACCGGGGCCAUCAAUGGCAACAUCUAUGUGCCGGGGAGUGCGGCGAACUAUCAGCGUUGGCGUUGGCAGCUCGGAUUGCGUGGCUGGGAUUGGCCCCAAGUGCAGCGUGCUUAUCUUCGCCUCCAGCAGAGGUUGCAGCCAAGCUACUUUCCGGUCUCGCCGCUCAAUCUGCGUCUCUCCUCGCUGAUCUACGCGGCCAGCGGCGAGCUGGGGGUGCCCAAGAUGCAGCAGCCCCUCAUUGCGGGCAGCAGCUUCGGGUACACGCAUCACGUCCCGGCCACCAUACGCCAGGGCAGGCGAGCCAACAGUGCACGCAUGUUCCUAGCCAGCGCAGAGCAACAGCAACGAUCCAAUCUGCGCGUUCUGCGCGGUGCUCUAGCGGAGCGUCUGCUCUUCUCCGGUGGUGGACAGCGGGCACGUGGCGUGGCCUACACCCUGAGUGGGGACAAUACCACGCGUGCUGUCUGGGCGCGGCGUGAAGUUGUUGUCAGCGCUGGCACACUGAACUCGGCCAAGUUGCUGUUGCUGUCUGGCAUUGGACCAGAGGAGCACUUGUCGAGCUUGGGCAUCAAGACUGUGCGGCAUCUGGCGGGCGUGGGGCAGAACCUGCACGAUCACGGCAUGUUGCCGCUGUUCCUGCGCUUCACCAGCAACUGCGCCGUCAACAGCAGCAGCGCCCAGGAGCGCAGCGCCUACGCCGCCGACUCGGUGGCCGAGUAUCUGUUGCAGCAGCAACGCGGUCCCAUGGCCGAGAGCUACUCGAUGAUGGGUUUCCUCAACUCGAGUGCGCCGCACAGUCGCUCGGGACAGCCUGAUCUGCAUGUAGUGGCGCACACGUUGUUGCCACGCGGUGGCAGCGGCAGCUUCGAGUAUCUGGGCUUUCGCCCCGAGCUUGUGGCCGCCCAGCAGGCGGCGUUGCAGCGCACGGAUCUGCUGCAGGUGAUGGGAUCGCUGCUGUUGCCCAAGUCUCGGGGUAGCGUCAGUUUGCGCAGCAGUGAUCCAUCGGACAGUCCGCUGAUCUGGAACAACUAUGGUGCUCAUGUCGAGGAUCGUGCCACACUGUUACGCUUUGUCCGCUACGUGCAGCGUUUGACGCGUACUCGCGCCUUUCGUAGCUGCGGCCUGCAGCUGUGGCUGCCACCGCUGCCCGAAUGCGAUGCUCUGCAGCCGGACUCGGAUGCGUAUUGGAUGUGCCACAUUCGGUACAUGUUUGUGGGCGCCUGGCAUGCGGUCGGCACUUGCCGCAUGGCCGACAAGAGUGAUCCACUUGGUGUCGUCGAUGAGCGACUACGGGUGCGUGGCAUCCAAGGGCUGAGGGUGGUGGAUGCCAGUGUCAUACCGGAGGUGACGGCUGGCAACACAAAUGCACCCGCCAUGAUGGUUGCCGAGCAGGCGGCGCGCAUGAUUCGCGAGGAUCAGCUGGGUCAGCAGAAGAGCGGAGGGGACAGCGACGAACGGGUGAAAUCUAGUGAAGUGCCGGAGCAAUCAAAUGAAAUACAUAUUUGAAGAAGGCUGCGCUUAGCUACGACGCUGUUAGACCCUUUACUACUGCAACAUAUCUAGAAAUAAUCAAAUGGACUGCAGCACUUUCAAGGUACUCAUCAAGACUCUAUACUUUAGCAAUAAAUAUAACUUCUGUUUA